AUGGCGCCCACACUUGGCACUCGCACCAACCACAGGGAGGGAAAAGGACUGGCAGAAUUUGCUCUCGCACUCUUGAUCGAAUUUCGGCUGCCACUGGUUGAGUGUUCGAUUGCAAGCCAACCAGGCCCCGAAGCCAUCAAAUGUCAUCUCAUCAAGACUCUCGAGUCUGGACAGGAGUCUUGCCUCCCGUUGUCCAGCGCCGCUGCCAAGAAGGCACCAAGAACAUGUCUGCCACGCUGUGCCCUCUCAGGUCCAUCUGUCUUCAGAAUAGUACACAGUAAACACCAAGUUGGCUCGUCAAGAGAGGGCGAAUCUCGGUCGUUUACAGCGCCGUCGCGUCGCCACGUCUUUGCAUCAGCGUCGCCAGCGCCAACCGUCAUCCCGUCAACAAGACAAAGCACGCUAUCGACGCUGUUCAUCAGUGCUCACGCUGCUCAGUGUGGCAGGCUGACAGUGCCAUUCGAGUCUUGGUGCCAUCAGUUCAUGUCCAACGCGACCAAUUGUCACUGCCGACGUGACGUCCCACGUCGUGGUACCACCACACUCUUUUGGGAUAAGCUCGCAAUCCCAUUCCAAAAAGUUCCCACGGCUUUCCAAGGCCGCACCGUUGGCGGCGUUGGCGGCGCUGCCCUGGCGUUUCUUGGCAGGGGAAACGAGGUUUUCCAAGCAGCCAAAGGAGCCAAAGCCAGAUACGUAACUUUUGGGAUUGGUUCGACCUUGUACCAAUUCCAUCCCUCAUCUCUCGCCGAGUCUCUCGUCUUUCUUCGUACCUUCACACACCGUCCAUUUUGCUGCGCCGUUGGCGGCAGUUUCCCACCACCUUUUCACCCUUUGCACCACACCACUCCACUCCACUUUGACCACACACCAUCUUGA